AUGGCGGCAGCUAGUAGUAGUUGCUGGAAAGCUCCCGGUGUUUACAAACACCACGAACAACGUAAAGUAUGCAUUUCUCGACCUAAAUAUCGAGAGGGCAGAAAAGCCAGGGCCGUUAAGGUGUACACCAUCAAUUUGGAGUCUUGUUACGUGAUGGUCCAAGGGGUCCCCGCCAUCGGCGUCAUGGCCGAGCUCAUCCAGCUGUGUGCUCUGUACGGAGUCGUUCAGGAGUACAGGCCAUUGGACGAGUACCCUGCCGAGGAGUUCACCGAGGUCUACCUUAUCAAGUUCCAGAAGCUCACCAGUGCAAGAGCUGCCAAACGACACAUGGAUGAGAAGAGUUUCUAUGGCGGUGUGCUGCAUGUUUGCUAUGUCCCUGAAUACGAGACUGUGGAGGAUACCAGAAUAAAGCUACAAGACCAGAAGAGAUAUGUAAUGAGGAUGGCACAGAACAGAGUCCGAGAGAGGGAGCAGGAAGGGGCAGUGAACGAGGAGAUCACGUCAGCAGAUUCUACCUUAGUGGAACCUACACCAACCAUCAUCCCCACUCAAUGUGAAAUGAGUGAUCAUAACAACGAAGCAGAGUGUUGGAACGUGGACUAUCAUGCAUCCUUUCCUCUACUGCCACUACCUCCUCAGGAACAUCACUACUCCGCACACAAAAGCCACAUGGGGACCCUACCAACAGAGGACAAAAUGGGAACGUUGCACAACGCCAUUGUUCAUGCAGAGGAAACAUCUGCAUCAAACUCAAGUCAUUGGCAAAAACACUCACAUAAAUCUAGAGGUGCACAAGUUACACUGACCUCGAAUCAGCCUUCUGCGGGAACGUUCGCACCGAGGACAACACAAUUAGAGAGCAGAAAACGCAAGAUGGAAGAGCUUGUGUCAAACUGCCCUGCUGAGGUCAUCGGAAAAAGUGAGCCACUCAUUGGACCGAAACUCGAAGACGCCCCUAAAGUGGACAUGGAGGACGACUCGCUCAACACAACUGUCAACAUCAUCAGGAACACAAUGAAAAAGGUGGAAUCUGUUCCUGACUUCAAACCAGUGGGGAAAAAGAUGAAACCACGUCGGCGCAUUUGA